AGAUGAAGAAAUACUGUACACUGUCUUUGGUUCAAGGUUUGAUUUCGGUGACAGCGCUCCGCUCUAUCGGGUUUUGAGAGCUUGGAAUACGGUUACUGAGGCGGACAGCCCCGCUGUAGAGAGCCAAGAUGAUGAACAUGUGGAAAGUCCGGGAAUUGGUUGAUAAAGCAACCAAUGUGGUGAUGAACUACUCGGAGGUGGAGACUAAGGUGAGGGAGGCCACCAACGAUGACCCCUGGGGACCUUCAGGACAGCAGAUGGCAGAGAUUUCCAGAUGUACGUUUAUGUAUGAGCAGUUUCCUGAGGUGAUAAACAUGCUUUGGAACAGGAUGCUCCGGGACAACAAGAAGAACUGGAGAAGGGUCUACAAGUCUCUGCUGUUGUUGUCCCACCUCAUCAGGAACGGUUCAGAGAGAGUUGUCACCAGCGCCAGAGAACACAUCUACGACCUACGAUCUCUAGAGAGCUACCACUUCGUAGAUGAGAACGGUAAGGACCAGGGAGUGAACGUACGGCAGAAGGUGAAGGAGAUGGUGGAUCUAAUCCAGGAUGAUGAUAGACUGAGAGAGGAGAGGAAGAAGGCAAAGAAGAACAAAGACAAAUACAUUGGAGUGUCCUCUGAUAGCAUUGGUGGAGGGUUCAGCAGAUACACGGGUGAUCGCUAUGACUCCAGCAGCUCUGGCGGUAAUGAGGGAAGCAGCAGAGGGAAGUGGGAUGAGGACUGGAAGAGAGACCAAGGCCAGUUCCCCUUCAGUGAGAAACUGGGGGAGAUCAGUGAUAAGAUCGGCAGCACCAUCGAUGACACAAUCAACAAGUUCAGGAAGCAGAGCAGAGACGAUUCACCAGACCGAUUCAGUGACAACGAGGAGGAGCGAAGUCGCCCGUCACGGAACGGCCAGUCUGGGAGGUCGGUGUUCAAAGACGAGGAGGAAACCGUGACGACCAAGAGUGUCCAGAUCGUUCAGGCAACAGAAACUACAGCAACCAGGAAGAGAGGCGGGAUUCCAUCCAAAACUGUGUCCCUGGGAGCCGCGGCCCACUACACAGGAGACAAAAGCCCCGAUACCUCCGCCAAGCAGACUCCGUCUGCAGCAGCACCUCAGCCCUCCAGUAGUGGUCUGGCUGACCUAUUCAUGGUAGAUACAGGACCCAUCCAGCCUGCAGCAGCCACCGACCUGAUAGGAGGAUUUGCUGACUUUUCUUCUCCUGCUGCCUCUGUCGGCCUCUCCACAGUACCUGCCUCUAGUGGGAACAGUGAUUUUGGGGACUGGAAUGCUUUCCCUGACGGCCAGGCCCCCGUCCCCACCCCUUUUGCCCAGCCUCUGGCACCUAGCAACACUGACCUGUUUGGGGCUCUGGCUCCCAGCUCUCCCCUGGCUCCCAGCUCUGCCCUGGCUCCCAGCUCUGCCCUGGCUCCAGCCUCAGCUGACCUGUUUGAUCUGAUGGGUCCGGUCCAGACUCAGUCUCUCUCUGCCUCUCAGAGCCUCACCUUCAAUAUGACCAGCACACAGAACGUGACCAGUACCAUGCCACAUUCCACAUCACUGCCCUUCCAGGUGAUGAGCGGUCCGUUGCAGCCCCAGCAGCAGCAGCAGCAGCAAGUCAUGCUGGGUACCCAGGGUUCCAUGGGGUCAGCGAUCCCCUCCACCUGGUCUGACUCCUCGGUCAACAUCAGUCUGGACUUCCUGGCACCUGGCGUGCAGCCUCCCAAACCCGCCCAGCCCACCCUCAAAACCCUCCAAGGAGUCCAGCCCCUCCCACCUGUCAACAUGCUCUCGCAGGGAUUCGCCGGCAUGGGCCUCGCCCCCUCCCCCAUCAGAACCCCUACAACUCCCAUGAUGUACCCCGGUGCUGGGAUGGGCAUGGCCCCCAGUCAGGGCAUGAUGGGAAUGGGCAUGGCCCCCAGCCAGGGCAUGAUGGGAAUGGGCAUGAACAUGGGUGCUAUGCCCCAGGCUAACAUGACCAUGGGGAUGAGGAUGCCAGCCAUGUCUAUGGGUUCUGGCAUGGUACAGCAGCAGCCCAAGCAAGGAGUGGACGCCUUCGCGGAUUUCGGCAACUUCAGGAAGUGAGGGAAGAUGUGCCGUGAAGGAAAGGGGUGUUUCUGUUUUUCUCUCCCAACAGACUGUCCAUGAAGGAUUGUAAAGAGCUGCAAACAAAGAGUACUUGAAUGUUGUCAAAUAUCAAAUACUGACUGCCACCCCUCCACUUCCUGUUUCUUUCCUUUAAGUGAUAUAUAUAGAGACAUGAAUAUACACGAUUGUAUGCAUCUUUUAAUCAGUUGGAACUUGCAAUCAAGUACCUUUUAGAGUGUAUUCAGUCCAGUAAUGGUUGUGUGCUGUUAAGGUUUGAAUCGGAGAGAACAACAGAGAGCAAAAACACGGUGCCAGAAUAAUGCAGAGAUUUUUCACUUUAAAAUGUAUGCCAAACAAAAACCAAUGACUGCAAAGUUAAACAACCCAUACAACUCUAUGCACAAGGACGGCUUUUAAACUUGUAUGGUUUGUUUAACUUCUCUAACAGUUUUUUGUUUGUAUUGCUUUUUAAAGCACCAUUCUGUUACCAUGGAAUUGUCCAGGUGAAACUUCAAGAGAAUGUCAGUUGGGGUUUUGCUUUACUUAACCAAUUAAUUGUCCAGAGUAGCAAAAAUAUAGUUUUAUAUGAUGAUCCCACCCCAAUAACUCCCCAUCCACCUCUUUUAGAAUGUCAGGUUCUCUUGACCGGUCCCUUCCCUACAACUGUAAAUAUUACUGGUGCGACAGACAAAUAAAUUAUUGAGUACUUGAUUAUGAUAUGAUGAUGUCGUCGUGAAGAGGUGGGUGUCAAUUGGACGGAACCAGAUGUCAAUCAAGACGUUGCUAUUGCACGCUACAUUGCCACGGAGCCGGUCUUUAAUACCUACUUUAUAUAACAGCGUUCCACACUCCAAAUGUGGAGUUUCUGUUCAAUAUUAGAUUUAACAAAUCAAUCAAUCGUUUAUUGAUGGAUGGAUUUAAUAAGUGAAUGAAUGAGAUGAUUGAAAGUUGUUAAUUGAAGAAGCUGUGGUAACGAUAACACAGAUCUCCUUUGUGGCCUUUCUUAUGGGUAUAUAUUUUUUAAAGAACUAUAAUCUUUUUUUCCUUGCAUCCAAAUAAGAUGAUCAGUAGAUGUAGGAACAACCUCCUGGUAGGCUGUGUUCUUUAAGUACUGCACAUGGUGCCUGUGAGACGGAGGCCUUUUCCCUUCAUUAUAACUUACAGGAGACAGACGGAGACACGAUACAACUAUAGUGUUCAUGACCGUUACUGUUAGGCGUCUACAGCACAGUAUGUGUGGUUCUUACUGCUCCCUCUGUCCCCUGGGACCCUCGUGGAUUAGGGGGGAAGAUGUUCCUAGAUGCUGAUCUUGGUUCAGUUUUGCGUUUCCCUCCACUAGUGGUUUAGGUUAGGAUUGGGGGUGGGGAAGCUGAUCCUAGCUCUGUACUUAGGGGAAAAUUCACCCCGGAGUGGAUCUCUGAAGGAAAGGUUUCUCAGACAGUGCAGGUCUAGGAGAGGAUUCCUCUUGUUUGUUUGGUUUUUUUUGGGGGGGGGGGUCGUACAUCUUAUAUGGCACCCUAUACACUUUAUAGUGCACUACUUCUGACCAGAGCCCAUAGGACUCGGGUCAAAAGUAGUGCCCUAUAUAGGAAAUGGGUACAUGUGGAACAAGGUCAGCGAGUACCUCGCAUGUAAACUAGACUCCUGUUUCAGAGCUAUGUCCUCUUCCAGGAGUUCAGGUCAAUUCCAUUUCAAUUCUGGAAGUACACUGAUAUUCCAGUUUUCUUCAAUGCUUUUCAUAAGGAAAAUGUUGAAUGUAGUUUUACUUUCUAAAUGGACUGAAAUGGAAUUGACCCCAACCCUGCACAGAUGAAAACACAGUAGCCUUCUGUCUGAGCUGAGGCUUCACCUGCUGGAAAUGACCAAAAUGUAGCAACUCUUGUUUUUUCUAAGAGAUGAUGUCCUUAGGGGGUUGUGUUUUAUUCUUUUGUUGGUUUAUUUUUUUUCUACUUAUUACAAUUGUUCUGAGAUCUUCUGUAAUGUGGUAUUGUUACAUAAAAUAAAAACACUAGUUUAUGCAAAUGUCUAAAAAGAAAAAGUGAGGCAUCACCAACGAAAAGAGCCUUGAGAAUGUUUUUGUUUGAUUGUCCCAUGAUCAUUUUAUCUACGGCAUUAAAACAGUUGAUUACAGUU